AUGAAUCGACUAAUUUCUAAUCCAACAACCGCUAUUCAAACCAAAAUGACAUCUCUUGAAUACUUAAUCCACUAAAAUAUUCCUAUUCCCAAUCAUGCAAAAUAUCCUCAUCCUGAUUUAGAAGCUAACUCUCAUAUAUCCCAUACUCUUCCAUUUUCUUCCAAUAAUACUACUUUUAAUUCAAUUCCUCCAUCCUAUUCAUCUGAACUUAAUCAUCUUAAAAAACUUUUAGAAGAUUAGAACAAAUUAAUUACAUUUCUCAAAUAAACUGAAAAUCAAUAUAAUAUACUCUAAAUACAAUUUUAAGAAACCAAUCACAAUCAUUCAAUUCAGAUUAAUUAAUUAUAUGAAUAAUUAGAUAUAUACAAACAAGCAAAUAACAAUAUGAAAAUCUAAUUAGAAGAAUAUCUAAAUCAAAUCAAUUCAUUUAAUUUUUAAUUCCAGGAACUAUACUCCUAAAAGGAAGAAUUAUCUUCAAAUCUUAAGGAUAAAUCAUUUUAAUAUGAUAAUCUACUUAUUAAACUCUAAAAUUAAAAUAAAGAAAUUAUUUAACUUUAAGAUAAAAAUACAACUUAAGAAUGUUAUCAAUUUGGUUAGAAUUUAUUAUUAAAUGAAGUUUAGAAUAAGUCAUAGAUUCAUACUUAAAUUAUUAAUGAUAAUAAUUUAUAAAUAUAAGUCAAAAACUUAGAAAAUAAAAAUUCUCAAUUAUAGAAUAGAUGUGUUCUUUUUGCUUAAGAAAUGGAAAGAAUUCAUUUUACUAACAAUUAAAAUGAUAUCAAAAAUCUUAUAAUUGAAAAUCAAUAAUUAAAAUGCAAUUAAGAAUAGAUGAUGUUAUAGAUACAAUAAUUCAAAAAGUUAUAGAAUUAAAUUAAAAUAAAAGAAGAAAAUUCCAUAAAAGAUAAAAUGAGAAUUAUUAUUUUGAAUACUGAGAUUGAAAGAUUAUGGUCUGUGAUUGAGGAUUGCGAAAAUAGAAAUUAAUAACAAAUUCAAUAAUUAGAACAUGUAACAUUAUAAUUUAAUUUACUAAAAGAUGAAUUUAUAUUAUUUGAAUAGCAAAAAGCAUAAUUCUAACAAGAAUAAAUGAAAAGAUUAUAAUAUGAAUAAGACAUUUUGCUAUUAUAAAAAUAAUAAGAUAUUUGGACACAAAGUUAAAAAGAACUCUAAAAAUAAAAUACAAUAUUAAAGGAAGAAGUUGAUAGACUAACUUUUAUUCUUAAAGAAAAAGAUAAUCAAUAAAAUAAGAACUACUUUGAUAUUUAAGAAGUACAUAAAGAAUUAGAAUAAAAAUAGAUUGAAAUUCAAAAAUAAUAAAACGCUAUUAUACAAUUGGAAAUCGAAAUUAGCAAUUACUAAUAAGAAUCAAUGCUUCUUAAUAGUGAAAAUGAUAACUUAAAUAUGAGAAUUUCUAAUCUAGAAGAAGAUAUGAAUGCAAAGAUUAUUUAAUUGACUCAUAAUUAUGAAAGUGAAGCAUAAAGUUUAUAAUUGUAAGUAAAAAAUCUGGAAUUUAAUAAAAAUUAAAUUGAAUAAAUAAAUCAAAUUUUGAAAUAAGAUCUUGAAAAAUAUUAAAUUAUUAUAGAUGGUUAGUAAGAAAGAGAAAAGUACAAUUUAUAAACUAAUGAGAAAGAAUAAAUGAUUUAGCUCAAAUAAAUUCAGGAUUAUUAAUUAUCAUUAUAAUAGAAUAUAAAAGAGAAUAAGAAAAUGAGGGAGGAUUUAAUAUAAGAGAGAAUGAAAAUAAUUAUUUUUGCCAGUGAAAUUGAUAGAUUAUGGUAAGUUAUCGAAGAUUUCACAAAUAAUGUAAAAGCAUAUGAAGAAUAAAAGAAUUUUCAGAAUGAAAAAAUUAAUUAAUUAACCAAAUUAGUAUAAUAAUUUUAAAAUACAAUUUUAAAGUUAGAGGCAGAGAGAAAAUAAAUAUUAGAAAAACAUUCAUUACUGAAUAUAGAAUCCAAGGUUUCACUUCUAACAAUGGAAUUGGAAAAAGUUCGAAAUUCACUUUAUGAAGAAUAAUUAAAACGACAAGAACUUGAAAUUAAAUAAAAGAUUUAACUAUAAGAAAUUGAAGAACUUUAUUCCUAAAUUGAUGAAUUUUAAUCUGAAAUCAAUAUUUUAUAAAAAAGGGGAUUAAACUAGAGUGAUUUAGAAAUGAAAUUUUAAGCUGAAAGAAUAUAAUGGGAAACUUAGAAAUAUUAAUGGAAUAAUUAGUUACAAGAAAAAGAAUAAAAAAUAAUCAUUUAAACAUAAGAAAUAAAAAGAUCAAAAGCUUUUGGAGAAGAACGAUUAUAAGAAAUAGAAGAUUUAAGAAGAUAGUUAAAAGAUUAAAAAUCGUUAAAUGAUUACGAUUAACUAAAAUAAGAAUACAUUUAAUUAGAGUAGCAAGUUAUGGAACUUGAGUAGAUAAAUUUAAAAUUAAAGGGUAAUUCGCUUGCUUUAGAAAAAUAAAAUUAAUUGUUAGAUAUAUAAUUACAAGGAAAAUUGAAAGAAAUUGAUGAUGCCUAUAAUUUAAUGAAUAGGUAAAGAAAAUAAAGUGAAUAAGUUAACAAAGAAACUGAAAAUCUUCGAAAAUUUGUUUAAUAGUUAUAAUCAUAAAACAGUAAUUUCGAUGAUUAAACACAAUACUUUAAAGAAAAGAUUCACUCACUUGAAAAUGAAAAUGAAAAUCUGUAAUAUUAUUUGAUAACUAUAGAACAUCUUAAGUUUAAUACUUAUAAAAUUGUUUAUUGGAAAGAGACUAAAUAGUCUAAAGUAAGAAUUAAGAAUUAAGCGAGAAAAUUAAAGAGAUUGAUUUGUUGAAAAUCAAAUAUGAAUAGAAAAUCAAUGUUCCAAAUGUUUAAUAAUUGGUCUUUCGUGUAAUUAAUUCAUAUAAUAAUUUUAAAUAGAGCUCCUCUUUUACUCGAUAAUUAGCUAAAUAAGAAUAGGAAAACAUUUUUAUAGAAUCUAAUACAAAUUUAAAGUUGAGUUGCAAUGCAAUAAUUUCUAAACCUCCAAGAUAUACGUUGUCUUAAAUUCAUAAAGAAAACAAUAAUUAAUAUGAAUGA